CAGAUUUAUAUAUUUUUAAAUGAAGUAGUUAGUUAUGGAAACAAAGCGCAUUGUUCUUGGCCGCCACAGUGAAAUGUCAACCAGAGAAAACCACAACGGAAUCUGCAAAACCGUUCCGAAUCUCAUCUCUUCCUUCGUCGACGCCUUCGUCGACUACUCCUUCUCCGGCAUCUUCUCUCCGCACCAUCCCACUCCACUCAACGACACUCCCCAAACGCGUUUCGAGAAACCGGACCGUCUCGUCGCCAUCGGCGACCUCCACGGCGAUCUAGAGAAGUCCAAGGAAGCGUUCCGCAUCGCCGGAUUGAUCGAUUCGUCGGACCGAUGGACAGGCGGAUCCACGGUGGUUGUUCAAGUGGGAGACCUGCUCGACCGAGGCGGAGACGAGCUAAAGAUACUGUUUUUCCUCGAAAGGCUAAAGCGAGAGGCGGAGAGAGAAGGAGGUAAGGUUGUGACUAUGAACGGGAACCAUGAGAUUAUGAACGUUGAAGGUGACUUUAGGUUUGUUACUAAGGAGGGUUUAGAGGAGUUUCGAGUUUGGUCGGAUUGGUAUUCUCUAGGGAACAAGAUGAAGAGCUUGUGUCAUGGUCUUGAUAAAGUUAAAGAUCUUUACGAAGGGAUUCCUAUGAGCUUCCCUCGUGCUAGAGAGGAAUGUUUCGAAGGAAUGAGAGCUAGGAUUGCUGCAUUGAGACCAGAAGGUCCGAUUGCGAAGAGGUUCUUGUCCAAGAACCAGACAGUUGCUGUUGUUGGAGACUCCGUGUUUGUUCACGGUGGUCUUUUAGCUGAGCAUGUUGAGUAUGGACUUGAGAGGAUGAACGAGGAGGUUACUAGUUGGAUUAACGGGUUUAGAGGUGGGAGAUACGCGCCUGGGUAUUGUAGAGGAGGGAACUCUGUGGUUUGGUUGAGGAAAUUUUCGGAUGAGAGGCCUCACAGAUGUGACUGUGCAGCUCUUGAACAUGCUCUUUCCACUAUUCCUGGGGUUAAGAGGAUGAUCAUGGGACACACGAUCCAGGAGGCUGGUAUCAAUGGUGUUUGUGGUGAUAAAGCUAUUAGGAUUGAUGUUGGUAUGUCCAAGGGAUGUUCUGAUGGGUUGCCUGAGGUUUUGGAGAUCCGCAAGGACUCUGGUGUGCGGAUUGUGACAUCGAAUCCAUUGUACAAGGAGAAACCGAAUUCUCAGUUGGUUCCUGAGAGUAAAACGGGUCUCGGGUUGCUGGUACCAGUUGAACAUGUCACUAAGCAAGUUGAAGUCAAAGCUUAAAGACCAUGAAGUCAUAGUCUCUGUUUAGAUGAUUGUUUCUAACACUGUUUGUAGCAAUUAUAGGGAAGUAUUUGUUCAAAUAUUGUAUCUGAUUCAAUACAUUUGCUAAGGGUCUCUUAUUGUUUUGAUGUC